UUGUUUUCCUCUUUGUAACACAGACGAGUAAUCAGCGUAAGUGUCUUUUGUGCGGUGAUAUUACUUUGUGAAGUGAAAUUUUGGCGGCAAAUUAAAAUUAAUUGUCUAAGUUAACGUGUGCUCUCGCAUACUUAACUAAAAAAGUAUUGAAGUAAGAUGGGAGACAGGUUACUGUUUAUAGCACAAGUUGCGCUUCUCAGCUUCUUACAUAUUGAAGUUGAAGCCAAUCGCUAUGUCAAUUAUUACCCGCGAAGUUAUUACGGUCGCAAUCUGUACGAACAUGGUCGGUCCAUCUCUGACAACCUGGUGACGUGCGGCCCACACACGUGCGGUGUAGGUGCUCACUGCAUACACGGCAGCGUGAGACCCGUGUGUGCCUGUCUAGCAGGAUACUCAGGCGAUCCGUUGUCGCAGUGUAUCAAAAUCGAAUGUCUUGAUAGCAGCGAAUGCCGCGACUUCCAGACUUGCGUCAAUCAGCACUGUAUAAACCCUUGCGAAGGAACUUGUGGUAUUAACGCAAAUUGCGAGGUUCGGAACCACGUGCCUGUGUGUUCGUGCCCUGCUGGAUAUACUGGAAAUCCUUUCUCAGCUUGCCGAAUUGCCGAUCCUGAGGAGGCUUGUCACCCAUCGCCGUGCGGUCCCAACACUAAGUGUCACGUCGCCAACAACCAGGCUAUAUGUACCUGCUUGCCAGGUUAUAGAGGUAGUCCACUGAGUGGGUGCCGUCAUGAGUGUGAGUCGGACGGCGAGUGCGGUGGAUCCCAGUCUUGUCGGGACUUCAAGUGUGUGAGUCCGUGUAGCGACUGCGGCGUCAAUGCGGACUGCGAGACUGUUGCCGCCCAUCGUGCUAUUUGCAAGUGUCCAAGGGGCUACCACGGUGACCCAUACCGCAUCUGUACGCCCGAAUGUACAUCGGACGGAGAGUGUCCGAGCUACAAGCCUGCCUGUGUGUACAACGCUUGCAUCAAUCCUUGUUUGAACGCGUGUGGUGUUAACGCAGAUUGCAACCUUCGUGGACUCACGCCCGUCUGUUCCUGCCCUAGAAACAUGACCGGUGAUCCGUUCACAUUCUGCAGGCCUUUCGAAGCUCGUGACCUGUGUGAACCAAACCCUUGCGGUGCUAAUGCGAAGUGCACUCCUGGCCAUGAUCGUACCGGAGCCGAGCGACCGGUGUGCACUUGUCCCACUGGUUAUAUCGGAAACGCGCUUGUUUCUUGCGAGAAGGGUGAAUGCGAGUUGGACUCUCAGUGCGGGGAUCAAUUGGCGUGUGUGGGCUACCGCUGUGUAGAUCCGUGCCUCGGUAAUACGCAGUGUGGAUCCGGUGCCGUCUGUAUGGCCCGAAGACAUCUUGCCGUUUGCACAUGUCCCUCAGGUUACAAUGGAGACGCUUUGGUGAACUGCUAUGAGUCUCGAUCUGUAGCAGCGUCUACUCGUUAUUACCGUUAUAAGAGGAACGGCGCUGGUGAGUCCAAGUCGACCGAAAUCGAGUCCAGCGGUGACAGUGAAUCGAAUGGAGACAGUGAAUCGAACGGUGACAGCGAGUCGAUUGUUAACGAGGCGAUUCCAGCUGUCGCUGCUAAGGAUGAAAGCGAUAAAUUCAAAGUCACCGAAAAGAAUGAGUAAUUUUCGAAAUAUUUUUAUCAGAUUAAGUGAAAAUAUGUUUUAAUGCGAGCUAAUGAUGAGAACUUUAAACCUAUAAUAAAGGUCGGCACAGAAAACAUCUUAGUCAUUAUUAUGGUUUAGUUUUUUGCUGUCCAUACCCAUUUUUUUUGUUAAUUAUAAUAAAUAAUGACGUAUUUGUUAAUUAUAUGACGAAUAUGGAGAACAAUAAUCGGUUUAUAAUUCCUAAAUACAUCUAAAAUAUUAAUUAAACCUCACAUUAUUUAUGGGUGUUUGAAAUUUAUAAAAAAAAAAAAAAAUAUUAACAAAUAAAUUGUUCUCGAUUCAGUGAUAUUUAUAAAUUACUGCCAUAUUUAUAUUAAGAGAUUAUACUCAUUAUUAUAGUAGGAAUAAAAGUUGUGUUAUACAUUAUGUAAAGUACAGCUAAUAAUUUAAAGUCACGAGUAUGAAUGUUAAUUUUAUGAA